AUGUGUGACCAACAGAAGCAGCCACAAUUCCCUCCAUCUUGUGUGAAAGGUUCGGGACUGGGAGCCAUGCAAAGCACCAAAAGUGUCUCUGUGAAGUGCCCAGCUCCUUGCCAGACCAAAGCUGUGUAUGUGACAGGCCCUGCUCCAAGCCAGACUCAAACACUUGUGAAAUGCCCAGCUCCAUGUCCAGCUCCAACUUAUGUGAAGUGCCAAGUUCCAUGCCAGACUCAAACCUACGUGAAGUGCCCAGCUCCGUGCCAGACUAAAACUUAUGUGAAAUUGCCAACUCCCUGCCAGACAUAUGUGAAGUGCCCAGCUCCAUGCCAGACGACCUAUGUCAAAUGCCCACCUCCAUGCCAGACAUAUGUGAAGUGCCCAGCUCCAUGCCAGACAACCUACGUCAAAUGCCCAACUCCCUGCCAGACAUAUGUGAAGUGCCCAGCUCCAUGCCAGACGACCUAUGUCAAAUGCCCAGCUCCCAGCCAGACCCAGACAUGCUGUGUCCAGUAUCCUUCUCCUCGCCAGAGCUGCUAUGUUCAAGCUCCUGCUCAGAGUGGCUCUGUCACCUCGUGCUCUGUCCCUGACCCAUGCUCUGCUCCCUGUUCCACCAGCUACUGCUGCCUGGCUCCCCGGACCUUUGGAGUGAGUCCUCUGAGACGCUGGGUCCAGCGGCCCCAGGAUUGCAACACAGGAUCGUCUGGCUGCUGUGAGGAUUCCGGGUGCUGCAGUUCUGGCUGUUCUGGGUGUUGUGGCUGUGGGUGUGGUGGUGGAUGCUGCUGUUUGGGAAUUAUCCCCAUGAGGUCCAGCGGGCCUGCAUGUUGUGAUGCUGAGGAUGACUGCUGCUGCUAA